GUACUUCUUGCCGUCCUCGGAUCUGUAGACUUUUUUCUCUGCUCCCUUCUCCUUCGACUAGAUUCUCCUCAUCAGUGUUUCAAUAUGCAGGAAGGGAUUGAAAUGAAGAGCGGGAGCGCCGUGAUAUCAGGGCCGGUGAGAAGUGGGAAUGGUGGCUACGAGAGAGUUACAGCGCCCGAGAAACAACAAUUGGAGAAAUAUAUCAACUUCUUCUCAUCUGUCGCGUUCUCCACUUGUCUGCUUGCCACUUGGGAAUCGGCCAGUGGUGGCUUGCAAGCCGGGCUUUACAAUGGCGGCCCUGCAGCGAUCGUUUAUGGGAUGCUGAUGAGCACCUUGGGCAACCUGGCCAUUGCAUGCUCUUUAGCUGAGCUUGCCUCUUCACACCCGACUGCGGGAGCUCAAUAUCACUGGAGCUAUUUCCUCGCUCCUUGUGGUCGUCGAUUCAUCAGUUUCUUCCAGGGUUGGGUCACUGUCUUCUCCUGGGCCGCUCUUGUCUGCAUUGGCCCAUACUUCAUCGGAACUCAAAUCCAGGGCCUAGUUGUUCUGUCGUUUCCCGAAUAUGAGCUUGCGAGAUGGCGUGGCACGCUGCUCAUGUGGGCAGUUGCAAUCGUCCCGGUUGUCAUCAAUGUAUUUGCGCGUCGCAUUUUGGGAGGCAUCGAGGUGGCUGCGGGUAUCAUGCAUGUCGUCUUCCUACCGGUGACCAUUGCAGUAUUCGUUAUCCUCGCCCCUCGAAACUCCAACGCAUUUGUCUGGGAUACCUUUGUCGGCGGCUUAAGUGGCUGGCAGAAUUCUGGCGUCGUAUUCUCUAUCGGGCUUCUUGGUGUCAUUACUCCCCUGGCUGGCGUUGACGGCGUAAUCCACAUGGCUGAAGAAGUCAAAAACGCCAAAGUCGUCAUUCCGCGCUCUAUGAUCUACGGCACCCUGAUCAACGGUGUCCUCGCAUUCGUCUACCUAAUUGCCGUCCUCUACUGCAUGGGCGACUACGCCGAAGCCCUCAACAGCGCAACGGGUUACCCCAUCAUCACGAUCGCCUACCAAGCAACCGGAUCCAAGGCAGCCACCUGUAUCCUCCUGGUAAUGGGCAUGCUUCCGGGCUGGAUCGCUCUCUUCAACAGUCUCGCCUCAGUGACACGUCUCACCUGGGCUUUCGCUCGAGACAAGGGACUCCCCUUCUCCAACUUUUUUGCCCGCGUUGACCCAACCUAUAAGAUCCCCCUCCGUGCUUUAUUGCUAGUUGCAACAUGCAUCUUCGCACUCUCUUUCAUUCAGAUCGGAUCUACCGCUGCUUUCAACGCCAUUCUCUCACUCAGCACCCUCGGUCUAUAUAUUUCCUAUCUUAUCCCUCUCGUCCUCCUAGUCUUGAAGCGCUUUACUGCACCCCAGGAAAUUCCCCGGGGAACCUUUAGUCUGGGCAAACUCGGCCUGCCCACGAAUCUUGUUGCCAUUCUCUUUGCUACUUAUUUCGCUAUUUUCCUGCCUUUCCCAUCGACAUUGCCCGUUACCGCGGAGAAUAUGAACUACGCCGGACCCGUGCUUGGUGUUGUUAUGUUGUUUGCUUGUGUGGAUUGGAUUGUUCGCGGACGGCAUAAGUGGGAAGGCCCAAUGUUGAGGACAUAUGAUAGGAAUGAAUAA